AUGACGUCCACCUCCCAGCGGCCAUCUCACCUGCCACGAUCACGGGGCUUUCCGGACCAUUUCGGUCAGGUAACUCUGUACACCUCCGAUUUGAUUCGACUCGAUAAUACUCAGCUGUUUAACUUGACUUAAUAAUACUCAGGAUUUUAACUUGACUUGAUGAUAGCCGGCUCUUUGACUCAAUAAUCCUCCGCCGUUUGGACCGCGCGAGACUGGUCACCAUUACGAACCGGCCCCCGGCCGAUGAUCUCCUCUCUCGAAGCUGCGCUCACGCCGUAGCAGCACACAAGCUGGGGCAUUUCACAUCGCGAGCAUCUCCGACAAACAACCACCCAUCAUGUCAUCGCUUUUCUCGGCCCAGCUUCACCCUGGCCGGGCUCUAGGCUUUCUUGUCCUCGGAGCCUCGUUGCACGAUGUCUUGACUCGCCUCAAGGCCGAACCUCAGCGGUUCCCGAAGCUUGACCUCAUGUACACCCCGACCGACCCGGUGAAGCAACCCGUGAUCCUCGGACUGCCGGCGAACGGAAUACGGAUGCGUUUCGACGGUCCCGAGCAGCGGCUGCGGCUGAUCGAGGUGACCGACUUCACCAAGAACCAUAUCUUUCUCAAGCCGGCCAACGACAAGGAGCGGGAUCUUGUCCGGCCCACCACAGAAGACGUACCACCGGCCGAUGCCACACCCGGCCCGACAUUCCGUCACAUUUACCAGCGGUUUUUGGGACCUACAUACGAUGGAGAAUACCUGCCGUCUGCCGAAAUGUACGUGCUGUCGUACCCUGGCGUGGCAUUCACGUUUGCCAUGAAGAAAAAGGAAUACUCGCCGUCCAAGGAUGUUGUGUCGUUGCUGCAUUCAACAGCCAUCCCGACCUCCAUGGCUGUGUUUAGCGGCGACUCGUGGGUCAAGGCCCGCGGCACCAUGUGGACAGAGACACUCCCUAGCGUUAAGACGUUCGCACCGCUUGCCAAGGGCAAGGAUACGAGCCCGGAUGAGGUCUCACUGGUGAGGAUUCACGGGGGCGGCAAGCUGCAGCUUUUUCGGAAGUGGACCAACAAUUCCUUCUGGAUUAUGCUCAACGAGACCACCCCGCAACAGUUGGUUGCCGAGCUCGGGCCGCCCGACGCCAUCUACCGCAAGAGUGACCAGCGGAUGUAUAUCCACAAGUUGCGGGCCACCAGUAACACUAUGGCCGGUCCCAGCGGCAACGACCUGAAGCGACCGGAUGACCUGACAGACACCGACCAGUCCUCGCACCCCGCGUCAGACGAGUAUGACUCCAACGAUGAGGCAGUCGAAGACGACAUCGCCGCCAACAUAUCCGGCGAGUGUUUUUACAACUAUUUCUACCUCGGCUUCGACGUGCUCAUCUCGACACCCAACACGACCCCCGGACCCCCGCCAUCAGGAGAGGUCAACCCCGAUACCCCCAAACCGCCUUUUAGUUCUACCACCGCCGACCGCUUGGUUGCUACAAAGGUUAUUCUCCACGGCAAUGUCCCAGGCUCCUACCCGUUCAACCGCCACCGCCGUUGCCGCUGGGAGAUUAGCUACCUCUCGUCGUCCAAUGACAGUGAUGCCGCAAACUCGGAAACCCCCUUCACAGAAAUGGAAGAGAAGCUCCGCAAAGCGUGGCAGUUCAUCUACCCAUCCGAGGCCGAGGCUCAGCAAAAACAGCGGGGUAUGGUGCUCAACCGCGGAUGGGGGGACAGUCCAGGGAGUAGCUGUGAAUUGUUGGGUGGGUGGGAGGAAAGCGGCGGAACGAACCCUGGUGUCGGCAAGGGCCGCGGGGAGGACUCAACCACGACGCUCUAUGGAUUUCCGGGAUUGGUGUUUGAGGUGUUGAAGAAUGGUUGGGUGAGCGCGGUGACUGUUUUCUGAAGGCGGGUUUUGGUUUAGAGGUGUUUGGGGCGUUUGAAUCGGUAUGGGCAUGAUGGUUAGAGGAUGGGGCCCGGCGAAGGGUUAUGGGUAUUGGAUUUGUCCAUGGCUAAAGGUCUGGGCGUGCAUGUUCUCGAGCAGCCAGUAGGUAGUUUUGGUAUUGGAAUACCUACCUAAAACUGACUGACUGCCCCAAGCGCGUUACUAUUUAUGUUUUAUCUAGCCACCGACGGGAAUGUUUUUCUUUAUUCUAAGUUGUUUAUUUCCUGCGAGUGUCACCCAGUUCCGGCUCACUGUAUGCGUAUUGAAUGGCUAGCGAGCACCUAUCUAACGUGCAGUGCGGGCAGAAUUACCCAGGAAGCGGCACCUCAUGCAAGCCUUCAUAGGUGGUAUCCAUCCGAUUCGACGUUCAGAUUGAGUUGAAGGAUUCCAGUUCC